CUCGGGAUCGCGCAGCAGCAGUCUCAGGCGUCUUCAGAAGAGUUCGGCUGGACUAACGGGACCAAUCUGUAAAAAAGGAUUUAACUUUUCAGCGUUUAGCAGCUUUUUCUCCUGUCUCCGUUCAAACUGGCUUCCCACUGCGCGCUCAACAUGGCCGUGACGGAGGCUGGAUGCGACCUGACCUACUGCAAGAUGCGGGGGAUCGUUGCGGUCCUCACCGCUUUCAUCAAGGAGAGGAAAAUGGGUCUGAACGACUUCAUUCAGAAGCUGGUGUCCACCCCGCACAUCUGCCAGCACGCGGAGGUGAACAACUUCCUGAAGAUCGAUGAGAAUCAGAAUGAAGCUGAAGAUGGGAGUCCAAUGCGCCUACAUCCCCGGAGCUCCCUGGCAGAGGACACCCAGAUCAAACCUUCUGAUUUUGACUACCUGAAGAUCAUCGGUAAGGGCAGCUUCGGGAAGGUUCUGCUCGCCCGACACAGGGAGACCACCAAGUACUACGCCGUGAAGGUUCUGCAGAAGAAAAUCAUCCUGAAGAAGAAAGAGCAAAAGCACAUCAUGGCCGAGCGCAGCGUGCUGAUGAAGAACAUCAAGCAUCCCUUCCUGGUGGGGCUGCACUACAGCUUCCAGACCACCGACAAGCUCUACUUUGUGCUGGACUACGUGAACGGAGGGGAGCUCUUCUACCACCUGCAGAGGGAGCGCGUCUUCCUGGAGCCCAGGGCCAGGUUCUACGCCGCUGAAAUCGCGAGUGCGCUUGGAUACCUUCACUCUCUGCACAUCGUGUACAGAGACCUGAAGCCUGAGAACAUCCUGCUGGACUCGCAGGGCCACAUCGUCCUGACAGACUUUGGACUCUGCAAGGAAGGGCUGGACCCCAGCGGAACCACCUCGACCUUCUGCGGGACGCCUGAGUAUCUGGCUCCUGAGGUUCUGCAGAAGCAGGCGUAUGACCGGACCGUGGACUGGUGGUGCCUGGGCUCGGUGCUCUACGAGAUGCUUUACGGACUCCCUCCGUUCUACAGCCGCAACACGGCAGAGAUGUACAACAACAUCCUGCACAACGCUCCGGUGCUCAAACCCAACAUCUCCAACUCUGGCAGGGAGCUGCUGGAGGGCCUCCUGCAGAAGGAGCGCUCCAAGAGGCUGGGGGCCAAGGACGACUUUCUUGAGCUCAAGUAUCACUCCUUCUUCUCUCCGAUCAACUGGGACGACCUGAUGGCCAAGAAGAUCACGCCUCCAUUCGCUCCCUCCGUGUCCGGUCCCACCGACCUGCGGCACUUUGACCCGGAGUUCACCCACCUGCCGGUGUCGGCCUCGCUGUGCGGCGACUCUGUGAUGGUGACCAGCAGCGUGAAGGAAGCGGCCGGAGCCUUCCCGGGCUUUUCCUACGGACCCCCGGCGGACUACUCCUUCAUGUGACCGAGGGCGUCUCCGCGCUGCGUUCAGGGACUCAUGUCGCAGCACCACCGGCCCAAUCAGCCGACCCGACCAGCCCAAACCAUGAAGCAUGUGCCAAGUGUGCAAGUGUUUCAGGACCUGAAACCUCUGUGCACCGGUUCUGGAGCUGCUGGUGCUGUGACGUGAAGUGCCUGGUGUUGGUGGGCGAGUCCGAGCCAGUGUCAUAAAAAACCCACUAAGCUGCUUGAGUGGUUUGGACCUCAGAUGUGAUGCCUUCAUUACUGAGACUGUCCGGUUCUGUCCCUCCUGUAAAGGUUCUUGUUUUCAUGCACAAGCUGAAAUGAACUCGAGGGUCAGAAAGGAACCGAGCAGCUUUGGAUCAGAAGAGUCCAAAUCCUCGUCCUACUCCAACAGAACUUACCUUCUGGGACCAAACAGAACACUUUAACACAAACGCUUCCUCUGACCCGUUUGUUGUCACCCUGAAACGUACUGUAGGAACCUUGCAUAUGAAACCAACACUGUUUACUUUGAGGAAAGUCCUGCUUUGAUCAGAACCGACUUCCAUCUGUUCAUAUCUUUACGUUAGAGAAUAUUUCCUGCAGGCAGACGUCUGGCGUUCUGAAGGACUUCUCUCGGUGGUCCGUAGAGGUGAAGCAGCAAUACCGCCCGAGGGUUCCGAGUCCAAGUCUUUGCUGUUUUCUUGCAAACAUACCAGAGAGUCUUUAACGUCUUUAUAUUUAUGCAUCAUGUAGAGCAGAACUGUAAAUGUCUUGUGCCUGAUCCAUGCUUGAAACAUAUCUCCUUUCCCCAAAAAAACUUUAAUUUUUUUUUGUUUUAGUUUGAAAGAAGUGCUUCAUCGAGUUGGAACCGCUGGGUGGAGCGGGUGCUGGCUCGGUGUUGGGUCCAGCUCGCUACACGCCCUGGUUCUGGAAAGUGCAAUAAAAUGUUCCCACAGAGUAUCUUCUGUGGAUAAUGUGUGACAGGAUGUUUCUGAUUAAAUUGGAGAACAUCCUCAGUCGGACAGGAACAGUUCAUGAAAUGAAAGCAAGGCGACACACAGUUCUGGAUCAUGUUCUUCCAUAUUUGGAAGUUGUUGUUUUUUCUGUGUAUUUAUUUUCAUGCAACAGUGUGAAGCAGAUAAUUUACACCGUGAACUGAAGAUCUGUGUCUGAAAUGCUGAAUAAAACCAAUAAAACCCAA